GGAGAAAAAACAAAGAGUGAGCUGCUUUUGGAUCUCUGACUAAAGACAGCAUGAUGCUCAGGUUUGUUUGUGUCUGCCUUUUCUUAAGUGAAGUAAGCGGUCAACAAGGGUCUGAUGUUCCCUAUAGUUCUGGAUUUUAUAACUUCGAUAAUAGACCUUCUGGUAGUGGCUCUGUACCCACUGUAAUUGACCUGGGCGAACUCAAAGGUGGACGGAAGCCGCCAAGUUCCAGUUUUACAGAUCAUUCUUACAGAUCCUCAAUUGGAAGUUAUCCUGCCCAAUCAAGUCCAAUGCAGAUGCCACCAAACCAGGCAAGCUAUGCAUGGAUGCCCUCAACUUGGCUGAGCCAGCAAGGCCCAUCUCAAACCCAGGUGAAGCCAGUGUGGGGUCCCAAUCGCCCUGCUCAGCAGGCCCAGGUGCCGCAGACCGCCAGCCAGCCAGCCAAGACUCCACCAGCCCCAGUGAGUCAGGCGCCGCAGACCACCCGCCAGCCGGCCAAGACUCCACUAGCCCCAGUGAGUCAGGCGCCGCAGACCACCCGCCAGCCGGCCAAGACUCCACUAGCCCCAGUGAGUCAGGCGCCGCAGACCACCAGCCAGCCGGCCAAGACUCCACCAGCCCCAGUGAGGCAGAAUCCGGCUCACUAUCCUAAACCUACACCUAGCCCUACUGGUGAUUCUGUGGUGGAAAAGCGCUACCUUGUUAUAGCUCAGCCAUCAGGUUUUCAAACCCGCUAUGUGGUCAAAUCAUUUAACCGUUAUGUACGAGGAAAAAAGAUCUUUUCCCAAACCACCUACAUCCCACUGGACUACCGUUCAAGUGAAACUGCCCCUGUCCAUUUCUCCUGGACAUGAUGCUCAGACUGUCCAAACUGAGGCCCUUUCUGCCAGGCCCUGGACUCCCAACUUGGAUGGACAUGUACAACGAGUUAAAACAAUAAAAAGCUUUUCUGUAA